GAAAUAUAAAUUAUUUAUUAAAAGUCCUUGCAGUUCUUUCUAGUGAACGUGUUUCUAAAUUUUUUUCUUGUUAAAGAAUCGUCAAAAGGUUUACAGAAAAAAAUUAAAGUCGUGGGUUUUACAGAGUCGUAAGACAAUCAUUUGCCAGGUCUUGACACGAUUUUUCACUUGAUCAAAACAUGCAAGCGUGGUACAAAAGCAGACUAAAAAAAAUUCGAGUGUUUAUUAAUAGAUACUUAUAACUCCUUAGAGUAGCACGGAUAUACUCAAAGGUGUACGCACAUUUGCGUCAAUAGAAAUAUUGGAUCAUCUGAUCGCCUCUGCAUGAUUUGUUCGGCUGUCCCAAGCAACGAUGCGUUUAACGUUCUACACAUAUUCCCGCCUAGGAUAAAAUUAAUUUUUGAUAAGAAUUUGCCAUCUACAAAGUAUCAAAGUCUUGUUUUAAGUUUAAGUGUUUCAAGAAAUCUUUAACAACUUUGUUCAUUCAGCAAGUAUUUUAAAUUCAUAGGCGAUAAGAACAAAAUUCGUCAAUUGGAGGUAAACGUAACGUAUUUGAUUUAACCAAACAAAUAGGGGUAUCUGUCGCAUUGGAUGAUUUUCUCAAGUAACAUAAAAAGAACUAAAAUUUUCAAUUAUAGGUGAAGGCAAUGAGUCUUUUUUCCACUUCAUCACCAAGUCCUUCAGCUUUGUCUACCUCAAAAGACUCAAACGUUAUAAAGCUAGCAAAUGGUCACAAGACUACAAAAUCAUCUCAAACAGAUGUAAGUUCUAAAAGGAAAUCAAGUGAAGCACAAAUUACCACUCCUACGGAGAGUUCUAAAACUCUACAAGCAUGUAAUCAUCACUCUUAUGAGAAAAAACAUGACACUAUCGGUAGCACAUGUUCAAAUUCAUCUUCUUCCACUCCAACCCCCGUUGACAAUAUAUUCAAAAAUGACACAAAACUUCAAAUAGAGUCAAUUUUCGCUUGCCGACAUAUAAAGGAGUGUCCGUAUUUGACAGAAAAUCUUUCACGUUUUCCAACAGAUUCAUGUAACGACAAGAAAACUGCAAUAACCAGCAAAACGGGCUCAGUAGAAUAUUUAAUUAAGUUUCAUGGAAUUUCUUACCGUCGUUUAAUAUGGAUAACAAAAGAUGACUUGUCCCAAUGCUCUUGUGAUAAUGUUGAAGCGAAAUUGUUGAACUUUCAUCGUCGAACAACUUUCGGAGAUAUAACUCAACAAGUUCCUUUAACUCCUCAACAAGAGGGAAAUUUUAAACUGUAUAUAGUGAUUGAUCGUAUUGUAGCUGUAAGGAUUGCGAAAAAGAAAAAAAAUGAAUCAAAAUUGAAUUUGGAAUGUUGUGGAACCCUCUUCUUCAGUACAGCAAAUAACGGUGAACCUUUAACUAAAAGUGGCACGUUUAAAGAUAAAGAGUCUGUAGAAAAGGAAUAUUUAGUUAAAUGGAAACAUUUAGGUUACGCUUCAGCAACGUGGGAAACUGAACAUAGCUUAUUUUCUGUGGAAGAUAAAUCUCACGUUAAACUUUUUGAACGCAUCAAUACAACUUACACAUUUCUCCCAUUUCAAAAUAUUCGUAUAAAACACGAGACAGCAUGCAUCAAAAAUGAGACUCUUUUAGAUAGUGAAUCGUACUCUUAUAAGGUCAAUGUAAAUGAUAAUCUCUCAUCGCCUAUGUGGAAAUCGUUUGUCGCGACAAAAAUGGCCGAAGAUGGGACAUAUAAACCAUCUACGCUGCAGUGGAGAAUGUGCCAAGACUGCUCAAUGCAGACAGGUGAUUGUUACUGGCAAUUAAAGCAAGGGCGACGCCUCAUGUCGCACCAACAGGACGGUGUGAAAUGGUUGUGUCACAACACUGAAAUUCAAAAACAUAAUUCCCUUUUAGCGGAUGAAAUGGGUUUGGGAAAAACAUGUCAAAGCAUUACUUUUUUAGAACACUACAUUGAUCAAUUAACUCAAACAACCAAUCAUGGGCACCAUGCAUUGGUUGUUGUUCAAAAAAGUGUUGUAGAUAACUGGCGUAGGGAAUUUGACACCUGGGCACCGCAUCUUUAUGUAUACUCUUUAUGUGGAAGAAAAGAAGAUCGUCAAAUUUCUCAACUUUACGAAUUGGAUUGGAUUUGUCCUGAUACAGGAAAUCUUAUAUCCUUUUCUAAAAUUCGAGCGAAAGGCCACUCCACUAAGUUAAUGAAGCCAGAUGUUGUUCUGGUGACUCUUGAAAGUAUUCGUAGCCAUGAAUUUAGUCAAUUAUGUAAAAUUUUGGAAAAUUCUUGGAAUUCUAGAAAAAUUCCUGGAGCGUUUCAUUGGGAUUGUAUUAUUGUUGAUGAAUGUCAAAAACUCAAAGGAGGCCAAGAUAGUGUUCUUUUGCAACAUUUAUCUGGUAUACGAAAACGCUUAGCUAUUCUUCUCACUGGAACACCUAUCCAAAAUUCCGCUAAAGAGCUUUUUCCAUUGUUAGUUUUUUUAAAUCCUCAAAUGUUUUACUAUCCUAAUAUUAAAAAUAAAGUUACACCUUUAAAAAAAUCAUGGAGUGUCGGAAAAUUCAAUGAACGAUUUUCUAAUAUACAAGAUCGUGAGGAUUGCAUGCAACGAACUGAAGAACUUCAUAAUUUAUUGGCUCCCUUCGUUUUACGACGUGAAAAAAUUAAUGUUUUAAAAACGUUAAGUCCCAAAAGUGUUAGUCUUAUAAAAAUUCCCUUAACAUUAAUACAAAAACGAGUUUAUUCAGCAAUCUAUCAUAGAUCUUUACGAGUAAAAAAUUUAAAAUUGUCGAACAUUCAUAUGCAAUUAAGAAAAUGUUGCAUUCACCCUUUCCUAGUAAACGGUGUUGAAGAAUUAAUUGUUUCUGGGGAAAUAACGAAUUCGCUUGACGAGGAUUGUACCUUGCCUUCAAAAGCCGCUAAUCCACUUGAAACGAUUACGCAAGACCCUUGUUUUACCAAGGAAAAAAACAAGAAUGAAGACGAAGUGUCAAGUGGUUCAAACAUCAAAAGAAAUUUGAAAGACAAUGAAGAACACGCAGAGGAACGUAUUAAAGCACUCAUUUUAGAAUCAAGCGGAAAAUUUAUUCUUUUAAAAAAAAUGUUUGAUUACUUCUAUCAAUUGAAACGUAAAAUUCUGUUAUUUUCUUAUUUUAAAUCAGCUCUUGAUAUUAUUGAAGAUUUUAUUAGUUUAAAUAAAUACACAUGGCUUCUUGAAAGAGUUGACGGUGAAUCUCCAGGAGAAAAACGUCAAUUAGCCAUUGAUAGAUUUAAUAAUAAUGAAUCAUGUUUUCUUUUUCUCUGUACCACAAGAGCUGCUGGACUUGGUAUAAACUUAUCAGCAGCAUCGGUCGUCAUACAUUUAGACUCCGAUUUCAAUCCACAGCACGAUUUACAAGCUCAAGCUCGUUGUCAUCGUAUUGGGCAAUCACAAAAUGUUAAUGUUUUUCACUUUAUCACAGAACAUACUUAUGAAGACUACAUGUUUUUUACGAUAGCUGGAAAAAAACUGGGUUUAGAAGCUGUUUUAUUAGGGCGUCUUGAUGCGACAAACGGAAAACUUAAAUUAAAUAAACAACAAGAGGAAAGUGUUUUACGAAAGGGUGUCUACGCAGCUAUUCGAGAUGAUGAAAUCACGCGUCAAGCAGCUGCCGAAUUUGCUAAAUUAUCUAUUGAAGAUAUUCUAUCAAUCAAAUCAGCUACUAUAGCUUUAGAAUUAAAUUCUAUACAAGAAGCUUAUGAAAAUAUAAAUCGAAUUCCUGAUUUCAAAGAAGAACUUGUCGAAUCCCCUCUUCCGAUGUUACCUGAAAGGAAGCCUUUAGAAAAUUUUCCUUUUUUAACUAGUUUCGUAAAAAAACCAGAAUCUGUACAAAAUCCAUUAACUGAAAAUCUGAAUGAGUCUGAUCCGGAUUUUUGGGUGCACGUAGCUAAACGCCUUCAACCCCAUACUAUUGUCAAAUCCAACACAGAGUCACCAGAAUUAACCAGAUCAUCGCGUCGCCGUAAUCAAUUUCGAGCCAAUGUUUCUGAAUGCAUUUCGUCAAUAACAGAAAAAAGUGAAAGUAAUUCCGACCAGGAUGGCUCGUCAAUUACUCCCCUAGAUUCAAAACGAAAUUCAAGCGGAAAAAGUAAUAUUGCUGACGACCAGUUCGAUACGUCUACAAGCAGUACAUCUCCAUUGUCAAGUACACACGAGUUUCAUCAAUCUUUUCCUUCAAUAAACAAAGUGUCUGACAAUGUUUCAUCAAAAGUACAUGCCAAAAAAAAGAAAAAAGUACAGACCCGUUUAGUACCUUGCUCGAAUAUAAAUGCCAAAGACUCCUGUAGCGCUGUUUCCCAAGUUACGGAUCCUUUGGAAACUAAUGGAAAAGAUGAGUGCAAUCUUCAAUCUGUUAUGACAGAAAGUCAUUUGUCAGCACCCCACACGAUUGAUAUGAUGAGUUCUAAAUCAAAAGAAGAUUUGGUUUUAUCUAAAGUAGAUAAUACCAGUAAUCAUUUAGCACUGGAUACGUUUUAUGUAACUGAACUUAUCUAUUGUUGUUUGAGAGCCAUUCGUUAUUGGGAAGAAACAUCAGUUGGACGGUCAGGCCAUGUUAAAAUCAAUGAUAUUCGUGAUGCUGACAAACGUUUUCCUUGGUGUACUUACACACGUGAAGAACAAGAUGACUUUAAUUCAAAUGAAACAUUUUGGAAGUCUUGGUUAAAAUGUUUAGAGGAAUUCAAAAACGCUAAAAAAGAUUGGGAAACAUUAAAAAUUUUCACGAUCCAAUAUUACUCUCAAACAAUUAUAGACAAGGAAGAAAUUUUUUUACAAUUACAGUGGCAAAACUAUGUUGAUUUGUAUAAAAGUAAAGGCCUUGAACUUCCUAAAACACCAGAUAAGGCGAAAUUCUUUCAAGAAGAAUCAGUACGAUUAACUUUGACUGUUUUUCGAGAAGAUAUCUUAAAAAAACUACAAUUACAUAAUGAUGAGUUCGCUAAAAAUAUUGCAGUGGAUUCACAGACUACGACUCAGUCAAAGCAAUCCUGGUCGUUUCUUGAGGACUUUUGUAUUAAAUUAGUUUUCAUUCAUUUGAUGAUAAAGUCCCAUCUGUUAAACAAAUCCGUCAAGAUGCAUAUGGUGAUGCGUUGGGGCCAAUGGAACAACGAAAUCAAUUGGGGUCUGAUAACAGAUAUUUUGAGACAACUCAAUAAAUAUAUGGGACGCCCCGAACGACGUCAAAGCGCCAUACAGGAACGAUUUUAUAAUAAGCUGGAUUGUCGUUGGAAUCAAAAUGAGUUUACUGAAGCGGAACGAAAUAUUCUUGCGUUGGCUGCUGCAAAUAAACUACCUGCGCGUGUUGUUGUUCAGCAGAUGCCUGGACGUACUUUAGAACGGGUUAAACUUGGAUUAAGGUCUUGUUUUGUAACAAAAAAAACACAAGAUUCCUAUGAUGUAAACGAGGCUUUUGUGAAUUUGAACGAAACAGAAAAAGCAAGAUCUUUGAAUGAUUGUGGAGCUGAAAAAAUUUUCGUCAAGCAGAAGACUGUUACUAGAAAAGCGCUCCUUAAUCCGAUCGAAGCAAUACACGAUAAUUUAGCAUCUUUUGAUAGUGUUUUCUCUCAAAAAGCAGUCAUAGACGAAUUUGACCGCGUCUUAACCACCUUGGAUAUUCAUUCAACAGCCAAAUACAAUUUAAUUAACAUUUUGAAAAUCCAACCAGUGUCGAAAUUAACAGCUCUAUUGGACAGUCUUCAACAAUUAUUGGAAGAAUAUACUAAAAAAAACAAAUCGCAUUCCGUGGAGAAUAGCGGAACAUUUAUAAAACAAGAAAAGUGUUCGUCAGAAUUUCAAAAACAAAAAGCUUCGUCGUUGACAGAAGCUGCUCUUCAAUUAUCAGCUUCACUUCAAGCAGUACCUGUUGAUGCACAUAACUGGGGCAUUAAAAGCACGAAACCUGCAACUCUAUUUGAUCGUUCUUUUCCAUUUGCUGAAGAAGGGUCCGCCAACCCUUACACUUUGAAAACAACAUAUGCGCCGAUUUCCAGUAUUGCAAAGGGCUAUCCUACCUGCGAAGUUUCUUCGCUAAACACCUGCGCAAAGAAUGACUCUGACCUCCCUGAAGCCAUUGGAAACAAAGAUAAUCUGACACCUUCGAUUUGAACCACUAUGUCAAACACAAAAAGCAAACCUUAAAUCAAUGGUUUUACUUUCAUUGAUACAAAAAACAAAAAUUUGAAACCCCUUUAGUCAUUUUAUGACGUUUUUUUUCUCAAACUCUUACUAUACAAGUUAUGUAACGAAUUCCCUUAUUUUUGCAUGAAAUCAAUUACUACAUUUGAACUAAAUUCAUCAUAGUGUCACUACAGUAGA